UUUAGACUUCUGCUCUAUUGUCUAGUUUCCCGUUGCUUGUGUCUGUAAGUUUGAACACUGGUCGGCUCGCUAUUAGCCCCGGCGGCUGUGUAGCUAGUGGCUAACAAAGUUAAUGACACGUUACGAGCGUCGUCUGCUUUUGGCAUCCUUGACAACACUCGCCAUGCUGCCAAACUGUGGUUUAAGAUGAACUUUGUGGCCAUGAAUGAGUUGAAUGUGCUUAUAGUUGCUGUAUAUCUGACAUGUAUGCUCGCGCCGACUGGGCCAUGAUUAGGACUCCGAGUCACAGGAUGACCACACACUCAUGACUGGAGGAUAUUUUAGCAGGUCGGAUUUAAGGUGACACAGCAGGGACACUCAUGCUUUCCGAUGAGCUGGACUCCAAACCAGAGCUGCUGGUGCAGUUUGUCCAGAACGCUUCCAUCCCUCUGGUUCAGGGUCUGGAGGACUCUGAGCCCAAACAAUCCUGCCUGCCUCUGCUAGCCCCUGUUGAAAGCUCACUGUGCAACCAGCUGGAGCUAACAGAUGGAGCGUUGAGUUCUGAGCCAGAGAAUUCUUCCUCCCUGUCUGAACUCGGGGGGGUGUCGUUGGACCAAAGCCCGCCGCUGGUGGUGCAGACGUCACCCAGCCCCCCGCCCAUCCUCCAUGACCUGCAGCAGUCGGAUGGCACGUCCUACGUCCUGCUCAACCUUGCUAAAAGUAUCACCACGUCCUCGGACUCCCUCAUCUUUGCCGCGGAUGGCGCUGGUGAUGAGGAAGACGAGGGCGUGUCACCAGGGGACUACGGCUUGGAUGGCGGCGCCCCUUGGUAUCUGCGAGUGCAGGAACUGGCUCAUGACAGCCUCAUUGCGGCCACACGGGCACAGCUGGCUCGUGAUGCCAAAGCCAGUCAGGACGCCAGGGCACCAAACGUCGCCAUUAACGGCGACCACAUGCACAUCUCACCAUCAGAAGUAGAGAGGCGAGAAACGCCGCCGCCUCGGACCGGGCGCCCCCUCGCCAGGCAGGUCCUCCGCUGCUCGUUUGAAGGCUGCUGUAGGACCUUCACGUGGCCCGCUCACCUCAAGUAUCAUUUGAAAACUCACAGGAAUGACCGCAUGUUCCGCUGCAACGCCGAAGGCUGCGGCAAGAGCUUCUACGUGCUGCAGCGUCUGCAGGUCCACAUGAGGACGCAUAAUGGCGAGAAACCUUUCAUCUGCAAGGAGAAGAACUGCGGCAAGAAGUUCACCACCGCCGGAAACCUCAAGAACCACCGACGCGUCCACACCGGGGAGAAGCCGUUCCUGUGUGAAGCAGAUGGCUGUGGGCGAUCCUUCGCCGAGUAUUCCAGUCUCAGAAAACACAUGCUAGUUCAUUCUGGCGAGAAGCCUCAUCACUGCGGGAUCUGCGGCAAGACCUUUUCACAGUCUGGCAGCAGGAACGUCCACAUUAGAAGGCGUCACGGAGAGGAGGGACUCGCUGCUGAAAGUAGAGAAACAGGAGAGGCUCUGACACACAGCAGCCUGCUGGAGGCAGAUGGCGACAACGGGGCCGGAAUGGUUGCCAUGACAACUGGCAUGCAACCCGUCAAUCUCCACCACGCUAUGCUGAGAUCACCAGGCCCCGCAGACUCAGUGGUGGUGCUCUCUGCGCCACAUGAACUGGUCGCCAUGACAACAGAAGGUGCCAGCUAUGGGGAUGUGGUGACGCUGCUGUAGUUUGUCAGAGGGUGAAGUAAAACAGCUUGUUCAUUGGUGACUUUGUAAAAACUUGUACAUAAAUCUACAGUGAUAAGGACUUUAUUUUUGACGGCUGUGGAAUGGCGCUUGUACAAAAUCAAAAAUGAAUACUUCCAAAGAAAUACAGACGGGUUUAAAAAGGUAUUUGAAAGAAAUAAUGAGCACUUGUUACCACUGGAAACUUCAUGCACAUCUUGUUUGUCUCAAUACAAAACAAACAGCAUCACUAAAUUCUAUUGAUCCUGUUUGUGCGUGAAACAAAAAGAUUGAUGAAAGGAUGAAGAGACAAACUCACCUCCCUGCUGCUUAACGUAUGUUUAGAUGGUGAAAGUGGUCCAACAUGGCACCCAGUGCCCAACUUGCCUCCACGUUGUUCACUUUCUUGGCCAACUAGAAAGAAUAACAAAAACCAAAUAACUCAAAAUGCUUUUUUUGUAUUUAUUGAAAUGAAAUAAAAACUACAAAAUAA